AUGUUAGAUAUCCGUUUUUUUAAUGCAAGAGCAUUUUUUGACCAAAAGCCUCUCCAUGUUUCACCGGUUAAUGGUUACAUUGACAUAACAGUGGCAAUCGCAAAGAUACAGGAAUUUUUACAUGUAACUAAAGGUGGUAGUAUAAGGAUCAUUAAGCAAGAAAAGAAGGUCGUAAAGAGACAAAUAUAUGAUUCAAGCUCUUCAUCGACUUUCUGUAAAAACUGUAAAAAAGUAGGAUGCAGAUCUAUGCGUUCUCCUGGAUGUUCAAAAUAUAUCACACCCAAAGAAGAAUUACUUCAAGAAAAUCUUGGGACUUACCACAAUUCGUUUACGAGGAAGCUUUCUCUAAGAAUAGUAAUCCAUGCCAAUCUUCAACGGUUAUUCAAGAAAAAAUCAUCUCGACUUCAAAAGACCUUAAGCAUAUCAUAA